AUGCAGAGGUCUGUGCCCAGGGGCCUGAACUCAGACAGACACAGAGACAGAGCAAAGGAGACAGACACAGAGCAGAGGAGACAGAACAGAAGAGACAGACACAGAGCAGAGGAACCGGAGCAGAAGAGACAGACACAGGGCAGAGGAGACGGGGCAGAAGAGACAGACACAGGGCAGAGGAACCGGAGCAGAAGAGACAGACACAGGGCAGAGGAGACAGGGCAGAAGAGACAGACACAGGGCAGAGGAGACAGAGCAGAAGAGACAGACACAGGGCAGAGGAACCGGAGCAGAAGAGACAGACACAGGGCAGAGGAGACAGGGCAGAAGAGACAGACACAGGGCAGAGGAGACAGAGCAGAAGAGACAGACACAGGGCAGAGGAACCGGAGCAGAAGAGACAGACACAGGGCAGAGGAGACAGAGCAGAAGAGACAGACACAGAGCAGAGGAGACAGACACAGAGCAGAGUAA